CCAGAGUACUCGCGGGAAAAGAUGGCGGAGGAUUGUGGUUCCUUCACGUUCUCAACAUCAGCAAUUCUCACAUUUAUAUUAUAAGCCUCGUCAGAUGUUUGUCUAUAUGCGUCUGUCACAGCGGUGCCUUCAUAUGGCUCUGUGUCUGGAGAGCACCACGAGAUGCAAGAAGAUUCACUGAAUGUUCCCACCUCUGGUACCAGUAUCACUCAAGAAUCUUCAAACAAGUCUUUCCAGUGUAGUCAAUGUAUACUCCUCUUCAAAUCCAAAUUAAAAUCCUCUUGGACUAACAAAGCCGACACUGACAACAAUAGCAUCGGUGCAGAAGAUGAUUUUGAAUGCCAGCAGUGUGAUUUUACAGCUUGUAGUCAGGACAUUUUAAAUGAACAUCAGAUACAAUGUCACAAAAAAUCUGAAGAUGUGAUUGGAAAUCUGUUAAUUUGUGAAAACCCGGAGACCAGCAGAAUUGUCAUGUCAGCAAACCAGCAAAGCGAAGCUGCAGGAGCAAAAGCGAAUUCCUCCGUUAUUUCUGUGAUGCCUACCUCCAAACCUAAAGGCAACCUUAACUCAUCAAAGGAUCUUAAGACGUACAAGCGGCCAUUGCAAGCCAUUACCAAGUAUUUUGCGCCAUCAUCUGCAUCUAAAAGCCCGAAUCUUCUAGACAGCACCAAAGAAACCAUCAUUUUGCAAGAAUCUCCCUCAAGCUCCAGCCCAAACACUAGUGGUGUGUUUAAAGUCACUGCAAAGUCCAUGAUUGAUAUCACCAGUGUUGCUCAUCGUUUUUUGCUAAGUGAUCAUCUCAUAAAUAUUGACCUGACUGCACCAAGGCCCAGGGAACAAACCAGAGAAACAGUUCCCGACAACGUUGGCAAGAGGAGCAACGGUGAAAUGUCAAAUAGUCCUCCUGCUAAAAAAGCUAAGUCAGACCAAGAAAAGAAGAAGCUCCCACAGCAAGAACUCACAGCCAAACAGCAAUCAUCAAGCAUUACAGAGUUUUCAUUUGAUAUUAGCGAAGAUGAAGGCGAAAAGAUGAUUUCUCCUGUCAAAGGAGACUUUGUAACCUCAUCGGCGUUUUCUUGCAAGCUCUGUGACUACAGUGAUGUGAGCAUCACAUGUGUGUCUACCCAUUAUCAGAACGAUCACCCUUAUGUGAGAUGUAACGCUGCUUACAUUCAGGAUCCAUUUGAUAGGAGUGCUACCUUUCGUUGCCUUCAUUGUCCAGUCGAUUUUGUAAGUGUAGUCGCCCUCAAGAAACACUACAGUGAAAACCAUGCAGAGGCCCCGUACAUAUUCACGAUGCAAACACGUGAACUCAGUUUGGUUUUCAAAUGUUUUUUGUGUGUGUUUACCACCAACGUAUUGAAGGCAUUAAAAAAACAUUACAAGGAAAGUCACCCAAAUGAUGCAGUGAGUAAUUCCUUGCUGUACUGCAGAUAUAUGGGUACUGGAUGUCAAGAGGGGUCAACUCAGUCAAAGAAAUGUGAAAAAGCACAGACUCUUGAAAAACCAGGAGGGAUUUCUCCUGAAAGUGCCUGUCCACCAUGUGAGAGAGUCGAAAAUGCACCCUCAGCCCAACAUCCCACUUCCACAGGCGCAGACGUGGUCUUGUACCAUUGCAACACCUGCAAGUUUAGCCAUAAGUCAGUUGUUGUUAUGCAUGUCCAUUACCAAAAAAACCACCCGAGUCAAGAAGUCACGAUAGACAAAAUCAAACAGUCGGCAUGUGUCACGUCGCACACAACAUCACCGCUGACGCCAGACGAGUCUCCAAGCUCUGUGACGAAAACAGAAAAACCUGCACCGCAAACGGCCAUCUCAGAUUCUUCUAGGAAAACAAGAAACAAAGAUCAGCAGAAGCACGCACCAGAAGCUUCAAAGCCUCAUCCGGAGUCUCAAAGAAGCGAAAAAGCGGAAUCUACUGAAAACAAAAGAACAUGCAAGCAGUUGCCGAACAGACGCGGUCGGGAAGAGUCUACUGAAACGGACGGUUUAUCCUGCAUCUCACCACGUAAAAUGUUUUACUGCCCGUUUUGCAGUUAUUCAAGUACCUAUAUCAAAAGCGUUGUUGGUCAUCAUUAUAGAAAACAUUCUCUGCAUGUAACAUGUAAGGAAGAUAUCAUAGCUUAUAGUGAUCAGGUGCAGGAAAUGAAACUUAAAAGUGAAGCUGAGGCCUCAGCCAGUACUGCUACUUCUCAUUCUAAAACUAGUCAACAAGUUGAGGUACAUAGUGAAGAAGUUCUACUUGAAGAGGAGGAUGCUCCUGUGAUGGAAGAUAAUGCUCCUGUGAUGGAAGAUAAUGCUUCUGUGAUGGAAGAUAAUGCUUCUGUGUUGGAAGAUGAUGCUUCUGUGAUGGAAGAUAAUGCUUAUGCAUGUGCAGAAAACUUGUUUUACUGUCAAAUGUGCAACUAUGGAAAUCCAUCUUUAAAAGGUGUAGCAAACCAUCAAAAUACAGUUCACAAAAGCCUCCCUUACAGGAGGGAAUGCAUCAUUGAACAUACGGCUGUGAUUCGUGAUCAAAUUGAAAAAUCAAAAUCUCAACCAAAGGAGUUCUCCUUUUCCACACAUCUACCUCUUCCUCUUAUGAAUGAGGGAGAUGAAGAUGCGUUUUUCUGCCACAUUUGCAACUACAGACAGAACACGAUGGACUAUGUAGUGCGGCACUACACCAAAAAACAUCGUGGAUUUGUUAUUAAGGGCGAACAAGUCCGUCUGUAUAGCUCCAUGGUUCGUGAAAAGUCAAAGAAACCCGAUUUAGAAACUGCAAACCAAGAAGUCACUCAUGCAUCUCUAGGGGGGAAAGGACAUAAAAAGAAAAAAAGAAAGACGCUUGGAAAAUCCCUCCCAGCUUCAGCACCACCCUCAGUGACAGCCUCGCAACCACAGAGGAGCCUUCGGUGCUAUAAAUGUCGAUACACCACUCAAUCUGUGUGCGUUUUGAGGAGGCAUAUUCGGGUCAUCCACAGGACAAAUUGCUCAACCACGGAUGUUUUAAGAGUGUGUUUCAAACAAGGUACUUUACAGGCAGGGUUUCACUGUGACAUGUGUGUUUUCACUCACGAAAAAGCAGCCGCAGUCUAUGAGCACUACCAGGAACUACACCCAGAAUGCAGCCAGAGCCUCGAGUACGUGACUACUCGGUUGUAUAUCGGUCCCGACUCACGUCCUAAAAGGAAGAAGCAUCAAACGAAGUACACCGAUGGUAUUAGCGACGGCGAUGACACUGAUUGCAGCUCGCCAUCUCAUCGACCUGGACAAAAUGAAACCAACACUUAUUCAUGCAAAGCGUGCUCGUUCAAAGGUAGAUCGGUGUCAGCCGUCAACCGCCACUACCGCGCCGUCCACCCGUGGUCUGUGAAGGAAGACGGCUCGGUCCCGGGCGUUGUCAACAGCAAGAGAACAGCUGCAAACAGGCAGGCGGAAGACGACAACGUCACGCCCGAGUCAUUUGAAUCCUACCAAGUGCCUCUUGAAUUUGAAACGACAGCACAUCCCAUAAUGCUCAGGUGCCCGUUGUGCCCUGCAAAAUUUCACAGCCAGCACGGUCUCAAAGUUCACUGCGGAAUGAAACACCACGAGGCUGCAAAUGAAGAUUCGGAUAAGCCUCAGGAGAAAACCCCAACGCGCGUGCACGUCUUCAGGUGUCAGCACUGCACCUACGUGCAUACAAGUUAUCAAGGAGUUCUAGGUCACAGCAUUGUGAAGCACCCCUCCCUCCCAUUAAGGGUGGACAGUCUUCAAAUGGAUGAGGCACAACUUUCCAACUUGGGCGACAAUUUGAAGUGUAAAGUUCCUGGUAAUCCCGGCAAGUUGAGAUAUAGGGGCUACAUGUGUGAAACCUGCCCACAGAUCUGUGCGACGCAGGAUAAACUGAAUAAGCACUGUGAGAGUGACCACACUGGGACUGGGGCAAACACAGCGCCUAAACCGUUGUCUGUGAGUAAAAUACAACAAUAUAAGACUCUAAGCAAUCUGGGAUCAGUAUCACAGGCUUCCUUCUUAAGUAAGAAAAUGUACACGGCGCAUAAGUGCCCGUACUGCUCUUACAGUUGCAUCACAAAAAUGGCGCUUGGCCGACAUUUGCGCGGUCACAAGACGCAAACUGUUUCUAAGGAUCGCGUGCACAAAUGCGCCUUGUGUUUCAAGUCCUAUUGCACGAAAAUACGACUUGGAAGCCAUUAUGUUACCAAACACGGAAGGAACAGCUUCUUGAAACACUAUGCACCGGUAUACAAGCAGGCUAAGGAGAAGCAACCAUCGCCAUCUCAUGACCGACCUCUAACUCAGGAACCAGGAAACACUCCAGAGGAAUGUAGUACCAGCACAGCCACAGAGGAAAGCAAAAAAUUAUUAAUCUUCAGGUGUCCAAGUUGUCUUUACGUGAAUACAAGCUUCCAUGGCAUUCUCACUCACUGCCAAAUGAAGCAUCCAAACCUUGUUGCCAGGGCAGAUCAGCUUCAAACAGAGGAAAUACUUGGAACCAACAUGGUCGGGUGUACGAUUGGAAAAGCUGCUAACGAAAGAGGGUACAUGUGUAAAAUGUGUCCACUCGUUUAUGCCUCACUGAAGAAACUGAAAGCCCACUGUGAGAGGUACCACUAUCAGACUCUGCCAGCAGCUCCUGAACAUUCAGCUGACUUUGAAACUGAAGAACAACCUGAUCCAUGCUCUCUGGGCUCAGCAUCAGAGCAGGCUUUGGAAAGCAACACACCAGCGGUGAACGCGUCAGACCAUGGCCUCCGUCACCAGAGCAGCCCUGACACAUGUCAAUCAAACACAAAGCCGGUACAGAACAAGGGAAAACUGUACAAGUGCCACAUUUGUUCUUAUAAAGCAUUCUAUCGAAGAUACCUGCACUGUCACUACAAAAAGACUCACAAAUUGAAUACACUUGAAAUACACAAGCAACUAGAGAAGUAUAACAUACGCAAAAAGGCCAUCAAACUGCCUGAAGCUGAGCCUGAACCUGAGCCUGAGCCUGAACCUGAGCCUGAGCGUGUACCUGAGCCUGAUUCUGAACCUGAACCUGAACCUCAACCUGUGGAAGCAGCAUCCACCAAAUGCAAGAAGUGUCCCGGGUUGAUUUUUGACUCAUCUCAGCUGCUUGUUGCCCACUAUAGUACUUUCCAUAGCUCAGAUUGCAUAUUGGACUUCACUGUGUUAUCCCAAGGAUCAAAGAAGGGUAGUACAGGUCUUUACAGGUGUAUCCACUGCAAAAAACAAAUGAAUGGAAUUAGAAAGCUGUCUUAUCACCUGGAUUGCCACAGAGAAGAGGCGAAAAAGAGGGCAAUGGCUGCCGAAACCAUCGAACUCCGCGCGCAAGACGGAAUUCUCACGUUGGAAGCGGCGGAUGAACUGGACGGGUGGAACGUGAGAUCCGUUCAGACCGUCACUCUGACACCAAGCCCUCGGGCGCCGCAAGCAAAACCCACCGAUGAAGAGCAACCGCAGCUGGAAUCAAGAGAAGACAAACAUGCCUGCAAACAGUGUCGGCGGACAUUCAUGUCACUAAAGGGGUUGCGUUCGCAUGAGCGCAGCCACGCAGCCAUGGCGGCCCUCAAGAAGCACAACAAUGGGCCCACCUCGGCGUUAAAGCACAACAUUAACAAAUAUGUGCUGUACAAAGCUGGGACUAUCAAGCCGUUCCUGUGUAGUUUCUGUUCCUAUCGGACGACCGUCAUGGACCUCUGGAGGUGUCACUUUAUGAAAAAGCAUCAAGAUGUCAUGAUGGAUCCUGCUGAGAUUGAGGACCAAGAUGAGGAGAACGUUCAGAGGGCCGACAAGGAGCCCUUUAAUUCAUCGGAGGAAUUUAACUAUUUCCCUGAAGCUGAUGAAGAACCUGAAAUUACUGAAAAAUUGCUGUACUUGGAGCCACCAGAUGUGCAGCGGCAGUUGAACCACUACAGCUCGAUCGCACAGACUGAUUACCCGACUGAAAAAAACAUGCAAGAAAUCAACUUUCCUGACAACCGACUUCUUCACUGCGAGUUCUGCAAUUUCAACACUGGACACCUGUCUAAAAUGCGACGACACUACCUAAAACGCCAUGGGAGGAAGAUCCUCAGGUGUAAGGACUGCGACUUUUUCACUGGUUUAAGGAAAACCCUGGAAACGCACAUGGAGGCGGGUCACUCGAAAUGCCAGUCAGAACCCGCUCAUGAGAAAGACCUCCGCUGUCCUUUCUGCCUCUACCAGACCAAGAGCAGGAACAACAUGAUCGAUCACAUCGUCUUGCAUCGUGAGGAACGCGUCGUGCCUAUCGAGGUGCGUCGCCCGAAGCUGUCGCGUUACCUCAAAGGCGUCGUCUUCCGCUGUCACAAAUGCACAUUCUCAUGCGGAAGUGCUGACAACCUGCGUUUGCACAUGACGAGGCACGACGACGUCAAACCCUACAAGUGUCGGCUGUGCUACUUCGACUGCACCUGGCUGAGCGACCUCGAGGCACACCUGAGCGACAAGCAUCAGGUUGUGAGGAAUCAUGAGCUUGUGGGUCAGGUCAGCCUUGAUCAGCUACAGGCAAGAGUCGGUAGGAUGCCAGAAGAGGAGCCUUCGUCUAACUUGGAGCACCACAACAAUGACAGUGAGGAUGUAGAAACAGAGGAGUUUGCUACUGGCUGUAAUGAAGUUCCACUCAACCCGGCAGAAAAUAACACGAGGCGGGGAAUAACACCACAGACCAAGGAGGCAUAUCGGAAGCAAGGAAAGGAGGGAAAGAAGGACGAAAGACCCCCCAACAGCUCUGUGUUGGACCUCCAGUGUGAGAACGCAAAACCAAACACUGCUGUCCAAGAAAAGCAUCAGCAGGAACCACUGGGGAGGGUGUUCCUGCCAGCCCAACCACAACUCAGAGAUGGUGAGGCAAGCAGCGUAACGUUCGCACAGCAAAAAGAGAAGGCAGCAGAGGGGAGCAAACCGACAUAUGGUGAAAUAGCCGCGGAUAUCGGCAUCUGCAAGACGCAUAAGAAGGCAGAUCAGAAUAGAACGGUUAAGACAGAGGACAUUGAGACGGCGGUUGUAAAUAAUGUUAGAAACAAGGCGGUAUUACUCGAUGAAAGAGGCCGCAUCCCUCUGUCCCACAACCCCCUAAAUCAAGUCAACACGGAAGCAAUUUUAGCCCUUGCUAGAAAGAAUCUGAUGCAGGCUAAUAACAGCAGGCCUCGGGGGAGUUUUACAGUUGCAAGGCAUUUGCUAACUCUCCCGUCCAAGUGUGCACAACUGAAGGUGAGCCAUGAGGGGAGCUCAGGGGUCUCAUUAAUAAACUUCAAAAAGAAACAAGUGCACAAUCAGAUGAACAGCGCGGAGGUGAGAGAGCCUUACGGGGAAAUGCCAAUACUUGAGAAUGAAUAUCUCAAAGAAGAAAUGCAGCCUCUUGAUUGUUGCAAAGGGGAAGAUGAGAGCGAUCGUCUUGAGCAAAAGCGGGACAGAGGAGACGAGACGGUCGCAAGAGACGAUGAUAAGAGACGCACAAAUCGGGAACAUGAGGAGGGGGACGGCGUCAGGAAUGCUGGUGCUCCACAUGUGCCCAAAGGUGCACUCACAGGCACUGAUGCAGCUGCUGAAGCCUCAUGCCCAGCAGCUGCAGAAAAUCCGUUUACUUGUGAGUUUUGUGGACGAAACCUCAUGAACGGCUCUGAACUGGAGCGUCACAUCAUGCGCCAUGGAUUAUAAUGUCGAGGACGGUUGCGUAAUUUUUUUAUGUGGGAAGCUGGAUUUUGUUGUCGUGAACCGUCCUCGCCUCUCUUACUGAGCUGUGUAAAUCUGUACAAGCUGGUUACAAACACAUGAUUCGUGUUUUGUAGAAUUUAAACCUUUUUUUCUAUUGAAAUGUUUUUAUGGUACAGCCCUUGUGCGUAGGAUAACGUUUCAGUAAAUACAACUUAACCAAGAUUUUUACUUUAUAAAGUAUGACAUUGUUGACAUUAAUAUCUUAUUUAGAUUUGUUAUGUUUAAAGACAAUAAUGGAUAUCCGUGAAUAAUUAUGAGCAACUGCAAAUAUCUAUUUCUUUUAUUCCUUCAGUUUAUGUGAAGAUAUUAAACAUUAAUAAUGUAAAACGUCCAGAAAAUUGUCACACUGUUAACAACUGUUAUGUGUAAACUGGUAACCAGAACAAACCUCAAAACCACUGAUUGUGAAAAGGCUUGUGCUGCCUUCAGGCGGCGUUGGGUUUUUGACCGGUACUUGUUGUGAACCUCGACAUUGAGGAAGUAAGUCAUUUUUACCAGUACAAAAAUAAAAGUAUUUUGUUUGUAAUA